CUCUCUCUCUCUCUCUCUCUCUCUCUCUCUCUCUCUCUCUCUCACACACACACACACACACACACACACACACACACACACGUACACACGUGACUCCACAGCGCUGCAUUACGGAAGUGUGAGUGUUUUGGAGCUGCGGUUAAACUCUGUGUGUGUAGUGUGAGGAGUGUGAGGAGGAGUGAAGUAGAGGAGUGAAGUAGAGGAGUGUAAGGAGGUGAAAGGAGAUGAAGCUGGGCUGCUGUGAGAGAGGACAGCAUCAGGGAUGAAGUGCCUUCUGGUGGCCACAGAAAGUGCGGAGGUCCUUUUCUACUGGACUGACCCAGAGUUCGAGCACAAUGUUCAGGAGCAGUAUGGGGCAUCUCAGGAGGAGGAAGGAAGACCACCAGCGUUUGAGGACAGCAUCAACACGCUGUUUGCUCCAAUUAUCAUCUCCUGCAGCACCAUGGCUGACAGGCUGGGGGACAGCUACACCUCCUUCACCACAGAGAACAAUCAUGUCUAUGUGCUGAAUCAGUUUGAUGAGUGUCUGUACAUUGCUGUGAAUGGGGACGGAGAGGAGAACGAGGAGGAUCUGAAGAGGAAGAUCUAUGUAAUGAAGAAACUUAUCGACAUCAUGUUUGGAAUGGUGACACUCAGCAGCUCCCUCUUAAGGAAAGAAUUACGCCCUCAAGAUACAGAGCAGAGGAACCGCGUGUGGAAGAAACUGCAGAGACUGCUUGAGACGUACAGCCGCUUACGAGAACAGGACCAGAGUUUUCUAGUUGAGGCUGUGGAAAGGUUGAUCCACCCGACCCUGUGUGAGCAGUGCAUAGAGUUUCUGGAGCGUAGGCUGGUGCAGCAGAUUAACAGCAGUAUGGAGAGAGCUGGAGAAGAGGUGCUGCAUGCCUUCAUACUCGUGCACACCAAACUACUCGCAUUUUACUCCAGCCGAAAUGCCAGCACUCUCAUCCCUUCAGACCUGCUGGCCCUGAUCAUCAUGGUGCAGGAUCACUACCCCAGCAGUUUUGACCUCGAAACAACACCAGAGGAGUUGGAGAGUACUUCCGCUCCUGACAUUUUCUUCACUCCAGAGCACUCUCCCAGUGACCAAGACUCAGGGCGACUGAGCAGCGACAGUCCUCCUGUCUUCCAGUUUGUGGAUCCUGAUGUUCAGAUGGCAGAGGACAGUCUGCAGACUCUGGAGGUUCCAGCCCCUGACCCUAUGACCCCGUCCAGAGUGUUCCUGGAGUCCACACUUAAGGAGGGAUUCUGUCCUAUGAUGCCUCAUUCCAUGUACUGUUUACCUCUGUGGCCAAGUAUUACUCUAGUGCUGCUGACCAAGAUUCCUAACAGCCAGGUGGCCAUGCAUGUGUACGGACUUCUGGAUGCCUUUGUUAAGCUGGAGAAGAGACUAAGUGAAGGGCUGGAGGGGGCAGCGGCAUCGCGGGGCCAGCCGCCGAUCCAGGAACUCCGGAACAAAGUGGACAAGUUCAUCAGACUGCUGGCUACCUUGGACUUUCAGACCUCCCAUCUUCAGAGUGUCUGGUCAGAGUUCAAGAACAAGGCAUUCACCCGAUCAGGACCCGGCAUCACCAGAGCGUUGGUGCCCUCGUGUCGGAGCAUGAAGGCUCAGCUGUGUGCUGUGUACCGCCAGUGUUUCUCAGCAGAGUGUAUGGGCAGCCACCAGCGGUUGGCCCCUACUCUUCAAGAGCGGGCUCUGAGCAUGGUGCAAGAAAAGCUGAUGGAUUGGAAGGACUUCUUGUUGGUGAAGAGCAAGAGAAACAUCACCAUGGUGUCUUACCUGGAGGAGUUCCCUGGUCUUGUGCAUUUUAUUUACACGGAUCGCACUGCAGGGCAAAUGAUUGCCCCAUCUCUGAAUGUGACUGAUCGCAGUGCUUCAGAACUUGGAAAAGGCCCUUUAGCACACUUCAUUAAAAACAAGGUAUGGAGUUUUGUUGCAACAACUCGCCGGUAUUUGCAGAAAGGCUAUACCACUGUGACCCUGCGAGAUGGAGACUACUACUUCUGCUACUUCCUGUGGUUUGAGAAUGAGACAGGUUACAAGCUGGAAGUGACAGAUAUACCUAAUCUUCCUGAUGAUUUGGCUCCUAUUGGAAUGCUGGCCUGGGAUUAUUACAGGAAGCUGCUGCGCUUCUACAGUAAGAACCACCAGAACGAGGUGGUGAAGUGCUAUGAACUACUGACCAUGCACCUGGGGGUGAUCCCCACUGAGUACAUCCUGCAGCACUGCAGCCAGCUGGCCCGGAAGCUGUGGGAGCCCUCCCGCAUUCCGCUGCUCUGAGCCGCCCCACGUGCUUCCUCUGUGGUGGACCCUCUUCCUUUCCCUCAUCAGUAAUUGGAGUAUUUUAAGGUCAUCUUAAUUCCAGAGCUGCUGGAAUGCUACGCAUUGACACCCUGAACACUGAAUGUGUGUGUUUUUUUUUUUAAAUGUUAUGUUACUGUGUUGAGAAGAACGUAUAUCAUUACAUGUAGUUUUUGUAUUUAAUUCACCUUAAAUAUGAAUUGCACUUUUUGACAGUUCAAUCCAUCUGAUUCAUGGAGGAGACAAAGUCAAACUUUGCAGUCAUUGGGCAGACAGACAGACACGAACAGACAGACAGACAGAGAGACACACACAGUCACUUACACCUAACGGCAAUUUCAAACACUUUCAUGACAGAAUUUAGUCAAGCUGUAAUUCAGAAUGGUUUCAUAUGAUAUGCUAAAUUGUGUAAAGUAAGUGAACAGCUCAGAUACCACUGGUGUAAGAGUAGUGAUGUUUAUCAUUAAGAAUGAUAAAAUAAUGUGGAAAUUCUCUAUUGUAUUCACCUAUUACAGCACCAUAAUAUCCCAUUGGUCUGAUCUGUGUACAAAUCUCAUCCUGCACCUUUUCCAAACUUUGCAUUAACCCGUCCUAUACAACGCUGCACUGCACAAAAUAACUGUUUAUUUAAGAAAACUGUCACCAAGAUAGUUGUUGUGUACAUUUUAUUUAAAACACUUUACAUUUUUAGAAAAUUUUCUGUAUAUAGAUUUGUAGAUAAACAGCUAUGUCCAGCAUCACUGCUGGUUACACAUUUAUACCUUUGACCUCAUUUUCAGAAUGUGGUUGAACUUAGAAUUGUAAAACUAUGCUGAUCAUGCAGUUUAAGUUGAGUUUUGUGUUAUUGAAUCUGAUCAUGUGAUACUAUCUUGUAAAGUCUUGUAACAGAUGAUAUUCUGAAAAUGAAGAAAAAAAGGCAAUGCUUCCACACACUGUUUUAUACCCACAUUUUGUUUCGACUGUUCUGGAAAUAAUUAAGAGAACACUUUAAUUGGACCCCAAUUGCAGCCAAUCAUGCAUCUUUAUUAUGAGGAUCAUAUCUGGUUAUGGCCUGAAUAAGUCAAACCACUUCAGCAGGUUUAAACUCAUCAUCUCUCCAAGGCACAGUCAGCAACCUAAACCUUUCCCAGCAUAAUCCAAACACCCGUAUUAAAUGGCCCCGGAUGUUUGCUGACUCCAGGUAAGGAAAUGUUUCAUGAAAAAAAUUAUUUCUUCAUUACUUUAUUUUAGCAAGUCAAAUUCAUAUUGUUAUUAUUAAAAAACCAAGUGGUGUUCAAUAUGUUUAUAGAUUUAUGCGAAGUAGUUUUCUUUACAUUACUUACAGUCUGGAGACGUGGCAUAUUUUUAUUAUUUAUUUGCCAAAAAUUGCAAUAUUUUUAUUUAAAGAUUAAAACACCUAAACAAAAUAGUAAAACACGAGUCUCCUAAUUUUCCGAGAGUUGUAUUAAAUUUAUUAGGUAGAUUUACAUACAACAUAUUGAAAUAGCUAACUGAACAUAAUAAUAUAAAUGCUGCAUGCAUUAUAAUAAUACUGCUUUACUGCUUUAAACGAACAAUACACACCACGGAAACUUCAUUACGAAAUGACUCCUAGGUCAUUUGAAGGUGACCAGAAAUGGAGUGCUGCUAUUUCGUUCAGCGUUUGUGUCCAUAAAUGUGAUUUGCAUUUUUGUGUUGUGCAUCUUGCUGUUGAAACUCACAUCUUUUCCAUGUUCUCUUAGUUUCUAAUAAUAGUCCUGAUUCAGAAAGGCUGCAGGAAACUGUCUGUUGCCAAAGAGGUGUGAGAUCAUCAUAGCGCACCUGUGAGGUCAUUCACAACUCCGGCUUUAACCAGCUCCUUCAGUAAGCUGCUCUCUGCUCUGACAUCAUGCACUACUUGUGUCAUCAUGGCAUCCAUGCGCAGCGUCUCAUAGUAGUGCAGUAAAGCUCCAGGCUGCUGAAGGUCAUAACCAAAACCUGCAAGGCUCACUUCAUCACACAGCUGCAGCGCCAGCACCACCGCACUGAUCCCCAGGGUAGGAACCGUCUGCAACAGAUUAAAAAGACUUCAGGGUUUUUCUUUUUCUGCAAGGUCAUGAUAUUGUAAACCCCUAUGCAGUUUGUGGCUGAUAUAAAGAAAAUUGUUGUA